AUGGGGAAAAACAUUCCUGAGAGCUUUAAGUUUAUUAAAUGGCACACUAAUGCCUGGCAUGCGUUACCUUACUGUGAUUUAGUAGACAGCAAGUUCUUGAAGUCGUCUUACACCAUUCAGAUUGUUGAGACGACAGGGACUAUCUUGAUGCUAUUGGUGUCAAACCUGCUCCUGUGGGAGAAUGUGGCCUCUGCAUUCAUAGAUGCCAGAGCACUUGGCACCGGUGAGGUAUCCUUCAUACACCUUUUUGACGAUGCCAUUAUAAUGUCUGAGAACAUCAGCAAGCUGGCUACAGAAAUUCAAAGGCUACUGCUUGAAUACUUUUUGAAAACGAUACUCAGCAUAUUACGUGCCUGGGACAACCCUCUGCACCACUUACUGAUGGAAAUCAGUCCUUCCCCAGGAGCCCCUGAUACUAUUCUAUCAAUAGUUGAAGAAACAGAGGUGAAAAAGAAGCACCUUGUCUGGUCAAAGCUUGCAUUAUUACAGUCAGCUGAGGAAGAAUCAGGGUUUUGUUUGUUUGUUUCUUUUGCUCUUUAUAUAUUGUCCUACUGCCUGCAGGUUGACAUAUAUAAGGUUGACACUUAUCUCAGACUCCUGAGAUGUUGA